AUGUCUCCCGCCACCCCGUUCGACGUUGUGCUGUACGGAGCCACGGGCUUCACCGGCAGCCUCACUGCGCAGUACCUUGCGGUGCACCCCCAGGCCCCCAAGGUUGCGUUUGCCGGCCGCAACCUCGAGAAGCUGCGCAAUGUGCGCGAUAAGCUGACGAAUGUGUCCAAGGAGCGCCUCGAGUCCAUAGAGCUGAUCGAGGCGUCGGCGAGCGAUUAUGCGAGCCUGCAGCGCCUUGCUGCCUCGGCCAAGGUCGUGAUCAACAUGGUCGGCCCCUACGGCCAGCUCGGCGGCUUUGAGGUCGCCAAGGCGGCGGCCGAGGCAGGCAAGGGCUACGUCGACCUCACUGGCGAGUCGGACGUGUUUGAGCACAUUGCCAAGGACCUGCACGCGGUCGCGAAGCAGACCAAGGCGGUGCUUGUGCCGUCUUCUGGCUUUGACUCGAUGCCGUUCGACCUGUCGACCUACUUUGCGGUGCAGGAGGUGAAGAAGAUCAUGGGCCCUGCUGCCGACGUCGACCACGUCGUCUGCGGCUACCUUGUCAAGGGCACCAUGUCGGGCGGCACGCUCGCGAGCGCCGUGAGCAUGCGCGAUCACCCCGAUGCGCUCAAGUACAACAAGCCCUACCUGUUUAGCCCGGUGCAGGGCUCGCUUGUGCCCAAGGUGGCCUUCUCGCGCUGGCUGCCCCAGUUUAACAAGUACGGCUCCUUUUCCCUGUUCACGCCCCACAACACGCGUGUGGUGAGCCGUACGUGGGGUCUGCUCGAGGAGGCACGCCUGCCGGUGCGCUACGGCUCGACCUUCCGCUACCUUGAGGGCUUCGUCGCGCCGAGCAAGUUUGCGGCAAUUGCCGCCUCGACCAUCUUCCAGAUCCUCGCGUGGCUCAUCUUCCAGUUUGCGUUUGUCGGCAACUUCCUCAAGAAGCUCGUGCCCCAGGGUACGGGCGGCUCGAUGGAGAAGCAACUCCAGGGCUUUGCCAACGUGCGCACCGUCGCCUACGGCCGCGACGGCAAGACCCAGGGCCUCUCCGUCUUCCGCGUGAAGGGCGACCCCGGCUACCUAAAGACCGCCGCGUUUAUCUCCGAGACCGCUCUUACGCUCGCCCUCGAGAAGGAGCGUCUGUCGCCCCUUGCGCAGCAGGGCGGUGUCCUUACCACGGCCUCGAUUGGCGCCGAGGCAUUGGCCGACCGCCUCGGCAAGUACGCCGGAGUUACCAUCGAGUCGGCCAAUAUCACCGGGUCGGCCGACCCGAGCGCCGUGCUGAAGCAAUAG